AUGUCUGUCUCAAUCGAAACCACCGAGAUUCCCACCGCUCCUAUGUCCGCUCAGCCUGUUGCCAUGGGCUCGAAGUCCAGAAUGCCCGAGUUUAGCCUUGCUGGCAAGGUGGUGCUGGUUUCAGGUGCUGCCCGCGGUCUAGGAUUGACCCAGGCCGAGGCACUUCUGGAAGCCGGAGCGAAGGUUUAUGCUCUUGAUCGUCUGGAGGAACCUGCCCCCGAGUUCGCACAAAUUCAAAAGCGCGCAAAGGACCUUGGCACCGAGUUGCACUACCGUCGCAUUGACGUGCGUGACACAGAACUUCUCAACAGUGUCGUCGAGGCCAUCGCCAAUGAUGAGGGCCGCAUGGAUGGUCUCGUUGCCGCGGCGGGUAUCCAGCAGGAGACCCCAGCGCUCGAGUACUCGGCCAAGGACAGCAACACCAUGUUCGAGGUCAAUGUCACUGGAGUGUUCAUGACCUCCCAGGCCGUUGCUAAACAGAUGAUUCGCUUUGGAAAUGGGGGUAGCAUUGCUAUGAUCGCCUCUAUGAGUGGCACCGUUGCCAACCGGGGUCUCAUUUGCCCCGCUUACAACGCUAGCAAGGCUGCUGUCCUCCAGCUCGCCCGCAAUCUCGCCAUGGAAUGGGGCACCUAUAACAUCCGCGUCAACACCAUCUCCCCUGGUUAUAUUGUCACCGCGAUGGUUGAGAAGCUGUUCGUUGAGUUCCCCGAACGACGGGACCAGUGGCCCAAGGAGAACAUGCUUGGCCGCCUCUCCCGGCCAGAGGAGUAUCGUGGCGCCGCCGUCUUCUUGCUCAGCGAUGCUAGCAGCUUCAUGACUGGUAGCGACCUGCGCAUGGAUGGUGGCCACGCCGCGUGGUAA